GUGGCAGUCUUUCUUCUUCUUUCAGCUUCCCUUUAUUCGUCUCUUGCGGUCACUCACUAUUCUAUUCCGGAGGAAAUGGAUGAAGGAUCUGUGGUCGCUAACUUAGCUAAUGAUCUAGGACUUGAUGUGAAAACGCUAAGUAAACGAAAAAUGCGGCUAGAUAUAAUCUCCAAUAAAAAAUAUCUCGAAGUAAACAAAGAUACGGGAGAGCUCUACAUUUUGGAAAAGAUGGACAGAGAAUAUCUCUGCAGUUCUAAAACAGCUACAACAUGUUUCAUAAAAAUGGAGAUCACGCUUGAAAACCCAGUGCGGAUAUUCAACAUUGAAAUAGAAAUUACUGAUAUUAAUGACAACUCGCCUCAGUUUCGCAGGGAUACGAUACACUUAGACGUAUCUGAAUCUGCUCCAACUGGCGAGAGGUUUUCUCUAAGCAAUGCCGUGGAUCCAGAUACUGGGACGAAUUCGAUAAAGACUUAUUACCUGAGUGAAAGUGAGCAGUUUGAUAUUGAAAUACAGACAGGUAGAGAUGGUUCUAAAUUUACAGAUUUGAUUUUGAAAAAACCCUUAGACCGAGAAGAGCAGGCUGUCCAUAAUCUGAUACUCACUGCUGUUGAUGGUGGUGUCCCUCCUCGUUCAGGUACAGCAAGCAUCCUUGUGCGCGUUCUAGAUACCAAUGACAACGCCCCUCAGUUUGACAAAAAAAACUACACUAUAAAUCUGUCCGAAAACUCUCCUAUUGGCAGCCUUGUUGUAAAAUUAAACGCAACAGAUUUAGAUGAGGGCUCCAACUCGGAACUAGAGUACACUUUUAGCCUUUAUACAUCAGAAAAGACCCAGGAAACAUUUAGCCUAAACUCUAAUACAGGUGAAAUUAGAGUUAAAGAAAUGAUAAAUUACGAGGAUUUCAGGAUAUAUGAAAUGGAGAUAAUAGCCAAAGACAAGGGAGUUAAUUCCUUGUCAGGACAAUGUAAAGUUACCAUUCUGGUAACAGAUAUGAAUGACAAUCACCCUGAAAUUUCCAUAAAAUCAUUUCAUAGUCCAAUUAAGGAGAAUGCAGCCGUAGAUACAGUGAUUGCAGUAAUUAGUGUGAGUGAUAAAGAUUCAGGCGAAAAUGGCCAAGUCGAUAUUCAUAUUUCUGAUCAGUUACCAUUUGCAUUAAAAGAAUCUUCAGAUAACUACUACGAACUUGUGGUUGCAGAACCUUUGGACCGUGAAAAAGUUCCAGAAUAUGACAUCGCAAUUACCGUUACAGACAGAGGUUCUCCCCCAUUAUCUGACAAUGAAACGAUAACCUUAGAACUAUUAGACGUAAAUGACAACGUGCCUCGGUUCCCUCAGACCUUUUACACUAUACCUGUGAUGGAAAAUAACGCACCCGGGGCGUUGUUGAGUUCACUCACUGCUUUAGACCCAGACCUCCAUGAAAAUCAGUAUCUCGUUUAUUUCAUCAUAGAAAAGGACAUAGCUAACACCUCCAUGUCCAUGCUGUUUUCCAUUAAUCCAGAGAACGGUAACCUUUACGCACUGAAGACAUUUGACUAUGAAAUAGAAAAAGAAUUCCUUUUCCACAUCGAGGCAAGAGACUCAGGCGUUCCUGCACUGAGCAGUAACGUGACCGUUCACAUUAUCAUUAAGGACCAGAACGACAACACACCGCACAUAGUAUCUCCGUGGCGUGCGCACGGUUCCGUGGUCGAAGAAAAAAUACCCAGAUCAACUGACAAAGGAACUCUGAUAGCUAAAGUGAUAGCCAUUGACAAAGACUCAGUGCAGAACUCCCGGAUUACGUAUCAGUUUUUACAGAAUACCGACGCCACGUUAUUUAGUUUAGACCAAUACAAUGGUGAGAUCCGUACCAUGAGAAUGUUCAGUUAUAGAGAUGCGCGUCACCAGCGGUUGGUGGUGAUCGCCAAGGACAAUGGAGAGCCUGCGCUCUCUGCCACAGUCACAAUCAAACUGUCGACGGUGGAGACUGCCCUUAAAGCCUAUUCUGACAUGACGGAAAUACCGUUGGAGUAUGACAUCUUUUCAGAUUUGAACCUUUAUUUGGUGAUCGGACUGGGCUCAGUGUCUUUUCUUUUACUCAUCACCAUAUUGGUCACAGUUGUGCUGAAGUGUCAGAAACCAAAACCCAGCAAAGCGGCUCCUCCCUGUAGGAACAGUGUGAUCAGUGAGAGGAACUCUACCAUUGCGGAUUCUACCCUGGUCUCCAACGAUGCAUACUGGUACAGUUUGUUUCUAGCGGAGACAAGGAAGGGCAAGUUAGUAGUGAGACAGCCUGUGCCAAAGGGGACGAGAUAUAUUGUAUCUAGUAUUCCAAGGAGCACAGGAUUGACGGAGACGAGCGAUUCAGCUGCAUCAACAUUACAGGUAUGA